AUGGAUCUCGCACCGGCCCCAGAUACAACGCCUAGUCUCGGAGGCGACGCAUUCGACCCAUUCUCGUUCUUCUCAAAUAGUGUGGGCCUCCCUGCGUUCAUUGCUGCAUUGCUCUAUCCUCAAGUCAAGGAGAUCUCGAAACGCUUCCCUCGGCUAUGGAAACUUCUCAGCGCUGCCGUUGUGGUACAGCUCACAUACCGGUACACCCAAGCGAAGUUGAAGAGCUUGGUCGCAUAUCUGGUCAAGCUAUGUGCAUCGUCGAUCAAGAUACAGUAUGGCGACGAGCUCAUGGGCUGCUUUCAACGAUGGCUCGACAAACAAAAGCCAUCUAUGACACAUCGCGAGCUCAUCACAGCGAGGUCAUUGCAGUCGAAGCACUCCUGGCGGCCAUGGGACACUCAAGAGGACCUCACCACGACCCCUGAAGGUGUCGAUGCAACGAAUAUUCUCCUUCGACGGAACUACAACGUGCGAAUGUUCCGGCAUAAGGGACGCUUCUUCUGGCUGACCCAAACUUUAAACGUUGAGAACACCCCAGAGACUGGAGCCGUAACUAGGAAGUCACUGAUGAUCUGGACCCUGGGAAACUCUGUGUCGCCAAUUGCGGCAAUACUGGACGAGGCAGUCAAGGAACACUCGAACGAUGGAGAAAAAGCAGCAACAACUCUCUUCACACCCUUUCCUAAUCACCAAAAUUAUGCUUGGGAUGACAACUCAACUGGUAUCUGGAGAAAGCAUGCGGUCAAGCCUUGUCGGCCACUGGAUACGGUCUACCUGGCGGGCCAUCAGCGAGAGCUGAUUGAGCAUGAUGUGGCAAGAUUUUUGCAUGCGGACACGGCGGCAAGAUAUCGAUCGAGGGGUAUCCCACAUCGGCGAGGUUAUCUGUUCUAUGGACCACCAGGUAAUGGCAAGAGCUCAUUGGCCAUGGCAUUGGCUGGUCACUUCGGCCUCAAUGUGUACAGUCUCAGCCUGCGCGACGCUCAGAUGAGCGAUACCUUCCUGUCGCAGCUCUUUAACGCUCUCCCAUCGUCAAAAGUGCUUGUGCUCCUUGAGGACAUAGACUCCGCUGGACUCAAGCGAGAAGAGGAAUUUGAAGACGACGACAGUAGCAUCUACGACCUACCAGCAAACAACUACCUCAAUACAGGCCUCCUCCCUGAUGGAACUUUCCCUCGCAGACAUCGAAUACCACCUCCACGUAUCACCAAUGUCACACUGUCUGGAGUUCUGAACGCGCUUGACGGUAUAGCUGCCCCCGAGGGCCAUAUUGUGGUGAUGACAACCAAUGCUCCGGACUCGCUCGAUAAAGCUCUUACACGACCCGGACGUAUCGAUACCAAGAUUGAGUUCAAGAAUGCGAGCCCGAAACAGCUGUACGAUAUCUUCCAUCGCAUGUACCGGGACGAACACGCCACUCUUGACGAUGCAAGUGGUCCUUUGGUCGCGCCAGGGCAAGGUACGAGCGUCAAUUCGACAGCAUCCACAACCAGCACCAACAAGGCAAUGUUGGCAACCUCAACCGGUAUGCACGAGGAGCUGGCCACGGUCACGCCGGCUGGUACUGAUGAGAAGUCGACUAUCUUGGAGGAUGGCUCGAGCAACAGCUCUACUUCUCUCUUCAACGAAACAAGCAACGAGAAGUCCUUUCCAGCUAGUGCUAAAAUAAGCGGCGCCGGGGACGACUCCACAGACUCUUCUCCCACACCCUCUACGCACGGCACCGAAGAUGAGAACGAUGGUUCAGCCAAGGCUACUGGUUUGGAAGCAGCAUCUACUCCUUUACCGCCAAGUGGUGCGUCUGCUGCUCCAAAAUUGUCCUUCCACUAUACACCGCUCGAGCCGCAAGUCCUAGACAAACUCGCCACCCAAUUCUCGCAACGUAUUCCAGCGCAGGAGCACUCUCUCGCCUCCGUCCAGAACUACCUCCUAGGCAAGGUGGACCAACCACACCUCGCAGUCCGUGAGGCGGCUGCGUGGGCCGCGGAGGAACGCAAAGAGAAAGAGGAGUACGAGAAGCGGAAAGCUGAGAAGAAGCUCAAGCGUGAGUUGGAGCAUGAGAAGCGCAUGAAGGCGCUCAAGGGUAACAUGGACGCCGGUAGCGGUGGUGGCGAUGUCAGCAAUCACGUUCUAGCAGCGGAGGCUCAACAAUCUCUGCAGCAGCAGGAACUUAUUCGCGAGCAAGCGCUUGCUCAGGCGGCCUUUGCUGAGGAGGUCAUUCUCGAUUAG